CCAGAGCUUCCUGCCAGUGAACCGAGAGGGGGAGUGCGAGUGUGUCUUGGCGUUGCUGGCAGGUGCUGUUUCAAAGACCCACGGACCUCCACUUCCUGGGGUGGCAGCCACAGAACAAAGCUUACAGAGACUCCUUCAACGCCUCCCUUUCUCCGAUCCUUCCAGGCACAGCCACCUCCGGGCACCAUCCUAGGGCACCAUCCUAGGAGUGGAAGAUGAAGUGGAAGGCGGCUAUUCUGGCUGGCAUCCUUCAGGUGCAGUUCCUGGGAGCAGAGGCACAGAGUUUUGGUCUGCUGGAUCCCAAACUCUGCUACUUGCUAGAUGGAAUCCUCUUCAUCUAUGGAGUCAUCGUCACAGCCCUGUACCUGAGAGCAAAGUUCAGCGGGAGUGCAGAUGCUACCGCCUACCAGCAGGGCUCCAAUCAGCUCUACAAUGAGCUCAGUCUAGGGCGAAGAGAGGAGUAUGACGUUCUGGAUAAGAAGUGGGCUCGCGACCCUGAGGUGGGAGGCAAGCAGCAGAGGAGGAGGAACCCCCAGGAAGGCGUAUACAAUGCACUGCAGAAGGACAAGAUGGCGGAGUCCUACAGUGAGAUCGGGAUGAAAGGCGAGAGGCGGAGAGGCAAGGGGCACGAUGGCCUUUACCAGGGGCUCAGCACUGCCACCAAGGACACCUAUGACGCCCUUCAUAUGCAGACCCUGCCCUCUCGCUAGCAGCCAGGGGAUUUCCCGCUCACAGGCCUGACCAGCUGAUGUUGAUUGUGAAGGACAGGAGGAAGCAUUUACAACUCAGUUCAUUAAUUUUGUAGCCACCAUUUUAUGAAGAGGAUGCUUCCAGUCGUUACAUUUGUCUUCUCCAGUUCCAAAGCACCAUAUACAGAAUGUCACCCCCGGGAUCUCUAAAGGGAGAGCUCCCCUCAGUCUCAUACCCCAGCCCAGUUCACUGGUCUUAUGCUAGACCCUUCUCACAGCAGAGCCAAGCCCUAGCUAGGAGGUCAGGGGUGGGGGCACUAACAUGCUUCCUUUCACAGCUGAGUUCAGUUUGCUUUGUAAAAUCUCUAGAGAAGGCCUGGGUCUGUUUGUAUUGUUCCAUUGGCAUUGACUGGCUUUGCUCCCGAUGUAAAUUUGGCUUUUGUUGUCAUCCUUCCCAGCAUCAAAAUAACCUAUAAUUAGGAUACACCGUGAAAGGCAGAGAGGCAGAUAGGAGGGAGCCCAGGCAUAUGUCGCCAGAAGUGGCUAAAAGAAGGCAAGAAACAUGCUUGGAAGAUCCCUGGCACAGCUACAAGGGGCCUCCUUCCAUCAAGCACCUGUUCGACAUCUCCAAACCAUCUUGCCAGGCACUCCAGGAAUGGGAAGAUGAAGAUGCCUUACCUUCAUGGAGAACACACUGAGAAUGCAAAUGAUUUGUGAACAAAUCAGCACAAACAAGAAAACAGGAUAUGUCAUUACAAACAAUGAACUAAGCAAGGGGGUGAAAGAAAACAAAGCAAGUCCUGCCUUCUUCCAGGAACUUGGUUCAUCCCUUCUAGAGUGACAAGAAGACCAAGACCACCCAUGUCUGCAGUGCUCACACAGCAGGGGCAAAUGCAGUUCAGAGGGUUACAACCUCACAGUACAAUUAGAGUGGCUGUGACCAUCUCCGGGGGUUUUAAUUUAUACUGGCUUGCUAAAUAAAGCCUCACCAUUUUGCAUAAUAAAUGCUUUGCUAAAACUGUU